CCCAGAUAAGGUGCCCCAAGAGGGGGGGAUCCUAUUGAUUGUAUGAACAAUCGUACAUCAUUCAUAGCGAGAAGGACUGAAGAACAAGUAAACUAAAACUACCUGACAUUGGAGUUCAGUCCUCUCGAAAACGGAUUCGAAAACGGAUUCUCAAAGCAAUCGAACAAGUCCAAGUCCCAGAAACAAAACCAUCAUCCCCGCUCGCAAUGUCCGGAGCAACCCACACGCACACGCAUGCCCACGACGGCCCGCACUCGCACUCGCACUCGCACGACCACUUCAACCCCGCCGAGCACGGUCACAGCCAUGAGAUCCUCGACGGACCGGGUAGCUACCUCGCCCGCGAGAUGCCCAUCACCGAGGGCCGCAACUGGGCCGACCGGGCCUUUACCAUUGGAAUUGGCGGGCCCGUCGGAUCAGGCAAGACGGCGCUGAUGCUGGCGCUCUCGCGGGCGCUGCGGGGCAGCUACUCGGUGGCGGCGGUGACCAACGACAUCUUCACGCGCGAGGACGCCGAGUUCCUGACGCGGCACCGGGCGCUGCCGGCGGCGCGGAUCCGCGCCAUCGAGACGGGCGGGUGCCCGCACGCGGCCGUGCGCGAGGACAUCUCGGCCAACCUGGCCGCCCUCGAGGACCUGCAGGCCACCUUCGACACGGACCUGCUGCUGAUCGAGUCCGGCGGCGACAACCUGGCCGCCAACUACUCGCGCGAGCUGGCCGACUACAUCAUCUACGUCAUCGACGUCUCCGGCGGCGACAAGGUGCCCCGCAAGGGCGGGCCCGGCAUCACCCAGAGCGACCUGCUCGUCGUCAACAAGACCGACCUCGCCGACGCCGUCGGCGCCGACCUGGCCGUCAUGGAGCGCGACGCCCGCAAGAUGCGCGACGGCGGCCCCACCGUCUUCGCCCAGGUCAAGAAGGGCGAGGGCGUCGAGCAUAUCGUGAACCUGAUCCUGAGCGCGUGGCGCGCCAGCGGCGCCGAGGAGCAUCGAAAGUCGGUGGGCGGGCCCAGGCCGACCGCCGGGCUAGACGAGUUGGAGGAGGGGUCUGCCUGAAACUCCAACCGGUGAUAUAAUCCGAAUCGAAUCGGACGACAGGAUGGGCGAGGUAAGAGUUGUGUAAAAUGUAGGGGACAAAAAAAUAAAACAAAAAUAAAAUUCCUUGUCAUCGUUACGACCUUC